UUCUUUAUAUAUAAGGCAAACAUUGUUUGUCAUUACAACUCACACAACUAACUAAUCUCAAGAUCAGUACACUAGCUAUAUACUUUUGCGCACAGAAACUAAGCAAUGGCAAAAUUGGCCAUCUUUGCCAUCUUACUCGUGACUACUUUGGCAGUGCCAACAUGGGGAAGGUUGGGACACACCAAGAUCAACGAAAUGGAACUACUAGAUGAGGUGAUGAAGAUGGAGAUAAUACAAAAAUUUAAGGAAGGGGUGGUUGCAGUUGAGGAGCCACCAUUGAAGACGAGGCUUCAAGGUUGCACGGGAGUGGGUGAAAAUUGUGUAUUUAUUCCAUGUUGUCCAACUAGCAAUUCUGGAUAUCCUGUCACUUGUUCUCGAGGUCCUUAUAAUGCAGUUUGUGUUGAACUGGUUCCUUCUCCUUGGGACAACUAGAUGAGGUGAUGAAGAUGGAGAAAAUACAAAAAUUAAAGGCUUUGCCAAUGGUUGUAAAAGAAGAAUUCUAAAAUAAAAUUAAUGUGGUAUAAAUAUUCCCUUCAAUUUAUGACAUAUUAAAAAUAGAGUGAAAGAUAAUUUCUAAUUAGCUUUCACAAACCAAUAAGGAAUUAAAGCUAGGGAUAUGUUAAUUCGUGAAUUGCUUAAGUUAUUGUUAUCCUUGUUUGUGAGUUGUUGUCCGUUAUGGUUGCUAUAUACUCCGUAUGUAGUACGUAGUGCUAUGUAUAUAUGCAAUUUAUUUGUCUUUAUUAUGAAUAAAAGUGGACGAUGAAUCAUAUUUGUAUCAAAA